UACCACUCCGCAGCGCUCCCUCUCUGCCUCUCCUUCUCGUUCGCGCCCUUCGUCUCCCUCCACCCGCUUCGCUCGGAUCUGCUUGCGGCGGGGUUUACCCGGCGGGUGCCGCGCCAAUUUGCUGGCCUCGCGAGUUGUUUCCGUUUGCUGAUCUAUCGGAAUCGGAUAGGCACCUCGGUUUUGUUCUGGGGAAAUUCGGCCGCGCAGAUCCUUGGCUAGUAUGUUCAGCACGCAUGCUGUCUCUUGCGUCUUCGUGUUGCACGCGCUUUACAUUUCCGAUUCCCUGUCUCCACGAAUUUGCCUACAUGUGUUGCCUACUUUGCUAGAUUUGUCCGUCCUUCCCGGGUAACUUGGACGAACAUGCCGUGCGCCGUAGAAAUGGACAAUCUCGUGACUCCUUUGAUUUUAGGUUAGACUUGCUGUUACCAGUUAAUUAUUACCCGGUUUCCGCGGUCAAAGUUUUGGAAUUACCCGGUCUCACGGUUUCCGUCGUCACAAGUUUUAGCAUUGCCCCAGGCAUAGGACAAGAUUAAUUACUCACACCCGUGGAAUAGAGCACGAGAAAGUCCACAGCCCGAUGUUAUGCCUAGGGUAUGUGACACCUAUAAUAAUGUUAAUAAAUCCUGGUCAGUUUGACUUUUGGGGCGCGGUUCACAGCUUUGUUGGCAAGCGACCGAAACAAAGGAAACAGGGAAUCGAGUCGUCUAGUGUGGAGUAGUUUUUAAAGGCGGACCUGGUAAACAUGGUCACUAGGCUUAGCUGGAAGUGCGGCGGGAACAUGAUUAGUUGCGCUAAAGAAUCCUUUCCACCUCCGAGGCUGAUUCUGGCAAUUUGGCUCUUAUGUCACUGCUAUUGUUCGUGUAUGUUAUAUUUCUAUGUCAAGCAAUUCACGCUAUGCUUCGUUAUGCAUUGUAUGUGCCAAUCUUUGCUAAAUUGUACGGACAUGUCACAUGAAAGAUUACAUGCCAAUCUUUUGCCCAUAGAUCCGUUUUUUCAAUAAAGAACUCAUACUCCGUAAAAAGUUUCAGUGGUGGUUGAAUGUCUUCUUAGAUUAUUCUCUCAGUGCAUUUCUUAUUGAACCAUAAAGAAUAUCAUUCAUUCCCUUCAUAUAAAAUCCAGUUUGUUAAGUUUACAUUUCCCCUUACUAUAGGAUGUAUGAUUCUCUGAAUAGCAAUUCUAGUCCUGCUGAAAACAUAUGAUUGACUUUGUGUGGUAUAGCUUUGGUUUAAUCAGGUUCCCUCUAAUUACCAUGGCAAAUAUUAUAAAUUUUAUAUCUAUGCUUUAGAACGGCAUGAUGGAUAUUGGUGGGAAAAUGGAUGAGAAGCCUGAUAGUUGUGCAGUAUAGAAAGCCAACCAGUCAAUCUGUUUGUAUUUCUCAUUCAACAAGCUGGAGAAACCAUUUCGAUGCUCUUAUCUUUUGUGCGUUGCUACACCUACAUGAAUGGAUCAUACAUGCAGUCCUUUUUUUGAUGGUAUUUACUUGACUUUGAACAUGGUUCAAUCAAAGAUGAUUAUUGUGGAGGACGGACUGGAUACAACUCGGAAUUACUGAAGAUCAUGGAGACUAACCAAUCUCCUCCUCGCAAGCGACUGCGGAGAGAUCGAAACCGCGAGAAAGAGCUCUGCUCAAACACAACUGCGGUAAUGCAACAGGAGAUUUGGAAAGAGUUCCCUGAAGAUCUAUUUGAAACUGUCAUUACAAGGCUUCCAGUUGCUGCAAUUUUUCGAUUCCGCACUGUCUGCCGAAAGUGGUCUUCUCUUUUGGGCUCAGACAGUUUCUCUCAUCAGUACUCUGAAGCUCCACAUGGACUGCCAUGGUUCUAUACAAUCACCCAUGAGAAUGCAAACAAUAAUGUUGCAAUGUAUGACCCUUCACUGAAGAAAUGGCACCACCCAUCUGUUCCUCUUGCUCCUACAAAGAUAGUUAUUCCAGUGGCAUCUGUGGGUGGCCUUGUCUGUUUAUUGGAUCUGAACCACAGGAAUUUCUACAUUUGCAACCCUCUUAGGCAAUCACUCAAGGAGAUCCCACCCAGAUCAGUCCAGGGAUGGUCAAGAGUCGCAGUAGGGAUGGUGUUGAACGGAAGAAGUUCUAGUCAUGGCUACAAAGUAAUGUGGUUAGGAAAUGAUGGGACUUAUGAAGUGUAUGACUCUACAAAGAACAUGUGGUCUUGUCCAGGAGUUUUUCCUACAAGCAUCAAACUGCCACUUGCUCUGAAUUUCAGGUCACAGCCUGUGGCGGUUGGCAGCACGCUAUACUUCAUGUGUGCAGAACCAGAUGGUGUUUUGUCAUAUGAUGUAAGCACAGGGAUUUGGAGACAGUUUGCCAUCCCACUGCCACUGCAUCUGACUGACCACACACUUGCCGAGUUCCAGGGAAGGGUCAUGCUUGUGGGUCUGCUGUGCAAGAAUGCAGCGACCUGUGUCUGCAUAUGGGAGUUGCAGAAGAUGACUCUCCUCUGGAAGGAGGUGGACAGAAUGCCAAAUAUCUGGUGCUUAGAGUUCUACGGUAAGCACAUGAAGAUGACAUGCCUGGGCAACAGUGGUUUGCUCAUGCUCUCCUUGAAGGCAAAGCGGAUGAACCGCCUUGUUACGUACAACCUUUUGAAAAGGGAGUGGCAGAAGGUUCCUGAUUGCAUGCUCCCAUGCAGCCGCAAAAAGCAGUGGAUAGCAUGUGGCACAGCAUUUGAUCCGUGCCCCUCUGCCUUGGCCUGACAGGUCUUUUACCUUCUUCAGCGAAGCAUGUUGAAAUUUUAGCAAUUUCAUAUCAUUGGCCAAUGUUUAGAUAUUUCUAUGUUGCUGUGACUAGGUUCUGUGUUGCACACAAAUCCAUGGCACUGUGGUUUCUUUUCACGCUCAAGCAAUCGAACUGUUUUUUUUAUCACCUAUCAGAAUUUGGGUCGGGAAGCUACGAUGUCAACUGGGCAAGCUGACCUGAAUAUGUUCAAGGUUACUGUUGUCGAAGUUGGAAUAGUUAUGGUUUUUGUAUGUUUGGUUAUCAUCUCGUUAAGUUUGUAAUGUUUCUGGAUGUGCAUUCAUCUGCCCAGAACUGAGUUUAUAUACAAUAAUAACCGGGAUAUUAAUGUUUUGAUUCUGGUGCACUGAGAUGUAGUGGUACUUGUUAA